ACAUCGACUCCUCGCCAACCAAUCCGAGUUACGGGCGAACCCGUUCUCUGCUUCUCGCGCAUAUCCUUCCUCCCCCGCGAUCCUUUCUUCUAUUCUCUCUCUCUCGCAUUAUUAAUUACGAUUGGAUUGGAUUUCGAUUCGAUUGUUAGCAAAGGUGAAGAUAGAAGGAUGGUGCUGUCCCAGAAGCUUCACGAAGCCUUCAAAGGGACGGUGGAGAGGAUCACCGGCCCCCGCACCGUCUCUGCCUUCAAGGAGAAGGGCGUCCUCAGCGUUUCCGAGUUCGUCCUCGCCGGCGAUAACCUCGUCUCCAAGUGCCCCACCUGGUCCUGGGAGGCGGGCGAGCCGAAUAAGAGGAAAUCCUACCUGCCCGCCGACAAGCAGUAUCUCAUCACGAGGAACGUGCCUUGUCUAAGGAGGGCUAUUUCGGUGGAAGAAGAAUAUGAAGCUGCAGGAGGGGAAGUUCUGCUUGAUAACGAUGAUAAUGAUGGCUGGCUUGCGACUCAUGGGAAGCCAAAAGAGACUAAGCAUGAUGAGGAGGAUAACUUACCUUCGAUGGACACCCUAGAGAUCAGCAAAGGCCAGGCUAUUCGGUCCAUCCCCUCAUAUUUUGGUGGUGAAGAGGAGGAAGAUAUACCUGACAUGGCAGAUUUUGAAGGUUCCGAUAACCUAGUUGAGAAUGAUCCGGCUACUCUCCAGCCUGCUUAUUUUGUUGCACAUGAACCUGAGGAUGACAACAUCCUUCGAACCAGAACAUACGACGUUAGUAUCACGUACGAUAAAUAUUAUCAAACUCCUCGUGUAUGGCUUACUGGAUAUGAUGAGUCGAGAAUGCCUUUACAACCGGAGCUUGUACUUGAAGAUGUUAGCCAGGACCAUGCACACAAAACGGUGACAAUUGAGGACCAUCCUCAUCUGCCUGGGAAGCAUGCAUCUGUGCAUCCAUGUCGCCAUGGGGCUGUGAUGAAAAAGAUCAUUGAUGUUCUAAUGUCGCGUGGAGUUGAACCAGAAGUUGAUAAAUAUCUUUUCUUAUUCUUGAAAUUUAUGGCAUCAGUGAUUCCCACCAUCGAGUAUGACUAUACUAUGGACUUUGAUCUUGGUAGUUCCAGCCACUGUUAAGAGAAGGCUUCAAGCAGGUGGCAGCUAGGGUUGUUGAGAAGGUCGCCUGAGGUAUAGUCAUUCAUGUCCAUUUGCAGCGUAUCUUCGUAGCCAGGGUACAUACCACGAGUGUCAUGCAUAUGUGAAUACUCAGUAAGAUGAUGACAGCUUGUUCGGACUCUUUACUGGUGGUAAUAUAGAUGAAACAGUUUGAUGUUUAUUUGCUACUCAAAUAAUAUCAAAGAAAAAAGAAGGAAUUGUGCAGUGUUGGACAUGGUAUGUUAGCAACAUUAUUCGUUCGACUGU